AUGAAUUUUUCAGAUGAUACGAUGAUUGCUGACAUCUCAAUGCCGGAAGGCUUUUGUGAUGCUUCAGGAUCAAGAAUGUCUGCUAAUGACUCAAAAUUCGAAGCUUCCCUAGACGCUCUCAAUGAAUGCAUAAAUGCACUUCUUAAUAACUUCGAUGAAUCUACGAUGAUCCCUAGUGCAAGAACAACUCAAGACAUCAAUGAUACAUCAGAAGAUGAAAACCUUUUUGAAGAAUACAUCGACGAUAAUUUUUUUAACGAAUCAGAACAAACAUUUGCCAACAUCAUUGAAAAUCGAAAUUUUUUAACUGAUAUGGAAAAUCUUGAAGCCUUAAAUGCAUUUCCACACAGCAUGUAUGAUACUGGAGUGGGCGGAGACUUCGACAUUACACCAGAACGAACAUCAUCCACCAGUCUUGAGUUUCAAGAUUUUUCAGCUGAUAUUUUUUAUCGUUUUACAAUUCCGAAGGUUUUAUCAGCUUAUGGGUCCGGUAUGCAUCUGGGUUGUAGCUACCCAGCUUAUUGA